AUGACGUCUAAAUCGGAGAUCGAUCGAGGAGGCACUUCAAUGGCUGACGAUCCAGUGGGUCAACUGAAGUUGUCCAUUUCCAAACUGGCCGAAGGCAUACAGAAAAUGGGCGACGUACUUGGCGCGGUCAAGCUCGACGCAGCUACAUCCACUAGAAAUGAACCUGCGAAAGCAGGGGAGUCCACAAAUGCUGCAGCUGGAACGAAGGCUCCUGAAGAAGAUGGAAAAAACACUGCAAGGGAUAAAGCUUCACAAAAGGCUGAGAAGGCAAAAGUACCAAACCAGCAAUUAGAUCAGCCCAAAAGCGCCGAAGAAGUUAAAGCUCAACGAGCCAAUAAAGCAGCAGCGAAGAAGGCUCGAGCUGAAGCAGCAGCAGCUAAAAAAGCUGCCGAAGGAGAUCAAGCAAAAGUGCAAAACAAACAAGACCAUCCGAGUAAGCCGAAAAAGGUUCCUGAAAAGGGCCCUGCUCCUGCAGACAAAGCUCAGAUGAAUGGAGACAAUAAUCAGAACCAGACCGCACUCGUUGGGAAAUCAGCUCUACGAGGUAACGGAAAGAACUUACCACCACGGGAAGUGAAGUUUGAUCUGUCGGCUAACACUAUAACUUCACCUCCAGAAGAAAGUGUUGGUAGCGAAGUCCCCAUUGGCUCCUGCUCAGAGUGCCCUGAACCGCCAUCUACAGCUCAUGUUCAUCCAGCUUUUCUCAAUUUGGCAGUACGUUGCGAGCUGGGUAUGAUAGAUGAAGUGGAUUCGCUUUGCCUUGAUUUCAUUGCUGCUUUCAGGAAGUAUUUGGCGGAUUGGGUUACGCAACGUCAGAAAGAAAAUCGUGAUCCGACUUCGCUAAGUCAUGAUUUAGACGUCGCCAUCAGGCCUCAGAUAGCUCACCUUACCCAAGAAAGUCGGUGGCCACUUCCAUACGCUCUGGGUAAUAUAGUGCGACAGCUGAAGAAAGAAAUAAUGAAAGUGGGCACGCCAGACCGAAGUGGAAACUUGCUGGGCAUAGAAAAUGUGACGAAAUGGUUAGAUGAUUGCGAAGAGGAGUACUUCGGUAGCGCAUACCGGGCCAUUUCUGAUUAUCUCUUAGGAAAGAUGAGGACAGCUCCGAACGUCAUUACCUACGACUGGUGUCCUUUGGUGAAUAGAGUGCUUCUGGAUGCCGUGGAGAAAGACUUCAAUGCCGUAUUUACGGUGAUAGAUCCGGAAAUGGAGGGAAGAGGAAUGCGACACGUUAAAGUGUUUGUCGAACGUAAAAUCCGUUGUCGCUACACAGAUUUGAAUUCAGUCGGUACAGUUAUGAAGAACGGUUCAAUGGUUCUUCUUGGUUGUGCUGCAGUGCUAUCGAACGGUUGCGUCGUUGCACCGAAAGGCAGCAUGCUUGUUGCACUUACUGCUAAAGCGUUUAAUGUCCCGGUGCUGAUUCUUUCUCAGUCAUUUAAAUUUGUGGACAAGGUGCAAGGAGGCGGUCGGGUAGCACUGUUGAAGCAGGAAUCAAUGGAACUUGUGCCGUCUGAUCUUAUCACAGCAAUUGUGACGGAUAUUCGAGUAUUGCCACCAAGCUCAGCACCGGCAGUUCUCAAAGCUAAGGCCCUUGAUCUGGAGUAA